AUGGGAGGAGCUCAUCCGACGUACCUCCGGCUCGAGACGGUGUUGCAAGAGCUGAGUGGGGCCCGCGGGUGCUCAAUUGAGAUGCUGACGGGCGGGAGGCUCCUGCUGGAAGGGGCAUAUGGCAGACAAGAGCGGCAAGUCACUCGCCCCGCCUGGUACAUCAAGUGUGCAGACGAGCAGCAAUAUGGACCGCUCGAGCAGGCACUCAAGGCGGCCGACCUGGAGCAGCUGCCGUACCAGUUCGAGAAGGACACCUUCCAGCGAGGGAGCUUGAUGGUGGCCUUCACGCUGUCGUCGGUGUGUGCGGGGGCGUGGAUGCUGCUGCUGGUGCUGGCGCUGCUGCCCGUGAACAACCACAACACGCGGCGGCGCCUGGUCGCGCUGUAUGCGGUAUUCUACGCGGUGACACAGACCGUACUGCUGCAGAUGCUGACGCGGGAGAUAUUCGAGAAGCAGUAUCGCGGCAACUACCAGCGCUCGUACGAGCUGAACGCCGUGACCCAGUCGGCCAUGCUCUGCACGUUCCGGCUAAUAACGACUAUAUUCGCCAAUUUGACGUGGGUGCAAAUCGUGCACUACAUGCUGCACAACUACCGGAAGACAACCCAUCGCUGGGUGCCCCGCUGGCUUGAUACAAACAGCAAACGGGUGCAAUGGCUGGGCUCUUUUCUGUGUCUUUCGCACGCAAUCAUAUGGGGCCUCAAUCUCUUUCUCAAUGUGCCCGUGUUCAUCCCAGAGAUUGGCGAAUACAGACGCACCAAUCUGCCAUUGUACAUCCCGCAUAUUGCUUUUGAGUCCCUGCUUUUCCUACUGUUUGCGAUCUCUCUGUGCUACUAUCUGUACCAUGAUCUGGGCCAUUCUCUUAUGUUCCACCGCCAAAACCGCGAACACCAUGAGGACGAGUCAGUCUUCACGAAACUGAGGCUUAUCUGUCAGGAGUAUCUGUCCACAAUCCCCGUCAUUGUCUACAACCUGGUUGUUUUUGCGCUCUACCUUGUCUGUUUCUUCGUGAACACCAUAAAAUACCACAGCAACCUGCUAUGGCUGUUCACGCUCACCACCUUUCUGCGCCUGCUGAUCACGGUCAAUACCUGGGGACUAAUUGGUAUCUUGGAGAGGCGCGAGCGUGUGGUCAGCAAGCAGACUGUACUGGGACGUAAGAUCAACAAUAAGGAUCGCUUCUUUGCAGACCCUUAUUCCAACACCGACUACCGAGGCGACAGCGUCAACGGCGAGCGCCGACUUCAGGGUGUCGCCGGACAGCGUAUAGGCAUGUUCCAGGCCGAAACCGCCGGUAUCAGCAGCGUCCUCUCCAAAAUGGCGGGCGCUGUAUCAGCCUGGUUCUGCUGGUGCCGCGCGCCUAGCUCACCCACAGCGGGGGAACCCGGAACACCGGAAAACAUGGAACUACAGCAUAUCAAAACAGAGAACGAGAGUGUCGACAGCGGUGAAACCGAGCUCGAACGGAACAUCCUUUUCACUCAUGGUGCCUGA